UCCGUAGUUCGCAGCUUCCAUCCUUUUUCGAUCGUUGAAGUGUUAGGGUUUAUUUCCCUCUUCAAUUCGUUCCUUCGAUUCAAUUGCUGCGUUCCGCGCAUUCAAUCCGAGAUCGUGAGAGUGAGAGCGACGCGCUUCCUUGCUUGGUUGGGGACGAGAUAGAGACGCCAUGGGUGGUGACAGUGCCGUCGAGGAAGCGACGGAAUCGAAGGGCGCAGAAGGGGUCAACAUCAACGUUCGCUGCUCCAAUGGUUCCAAAUUUUCGGUUCAGAUUGCCCUCGAAUCCACCGUCGGAUCCUUUAAGGAUGUUGUCGCUCGGAACUGCGACAUCCCCGCCGACCAACAGCGACUGAUUUACAAGGGUCGGAUCUUGAAGGACGAUCAAACCCUGCAAAGCUACGGUUUGGAUGCAGAUCACACAGUGCAUUUGGUUCGUGGCUUUGCACCUGCCAAUACAACUGGUGGGACCAAUACUAGUGGCACCAAUACCACAACGAAUAAUGCCAGAGGUGCUGGUACUAAUGAUGAUGGGGGUUUGGGAGGGCUUGGUUUUGGAGCUUCACUGUUCCCUGGACUGGGUAUCAAUGGGAGUGGGGGCAAUGGCUUAUUUGGCGAGGGCUUUCCUGAUCUUGAGCAAAUGCAGCAACCAUUUAUUUCGAAUCCCAAUUUAGUGAGAGAAAUAAUGAACACACCUGCUAUGCAGAAUUUAAUAAAUAAUCCCGAGAUAGUGCGGAAUCUUAUAAUGAAUAACCCACAGAUGCAAGAGCUCAUGGAUCGAAACCCUGAGCUAGCUCACAUACUUAAUGAUCCCAGCACUCUCCGCCAGACCCUUGAAGCUACAAGGAACCCUGAGAUCAUGCGUGAAAUGAUGAGAAAUACAGACAGAGCAAUGAGCAACAUUGAAUCUUCUCCUGAGGGAUUCAACAUGCUGAGGCGCAUGUAUGAAAAUGUUCAAGAACCACUUUUAAAUGCCACUACAAUGGCUGGUAAUACAGGAAAUAAUGCCGCAAUGUCAGGGACUCAUGGUGGCCAAGCCAGGGACCAAUCAACUAAUCCCUCAACUACUAGUUCUGAAGCAACUGCUGGUUCUCCCUUACCCAAUACUAACCCGCUUCCUAAUCCUUGGUCCUCUACUGCAACUGGAGGUGCCCAAAAUAAUACUAGAAGGUCAACCACUGGUGGGGAUGCUAGGCAGCAAGCACCUAGUGGCUUGGGAGGACUAGGUAUGCCAGACCUUGAAGGCAUGCUGGGUGGCAGUGCAAUGCCAGAUGCUGCUUUAUUGACCCAGCUAAUGCAAAAUCCGGCCAUCUCACAAAUGAUGCAAAGUAUCCUUUCAAACCCGCAAACUUUGAAUCAGAUUCUUGGUGUUAAUACUGAACAGCGUGGCAUGCCUGAUUUAAAUUCGCUAAGAGAAGUAAUGCAAAAUCCAGAGUUUCUUCGCUUGUUUUCUUCACCUGAGACAUUGCAGCAACUCUUGUCUUUCCAGCAAGCUCUUCUGUCUCAACUUGGUCAGCAGCAAUCAACACGGGAAUCGGGUCAAACUGGUGGAGGCCCUGGAUCGUUGAACAACAUGGGUUUGGAGAUGUUAUCGAGCAUGUUUGGUGGACUUGGAGCUGGUAGCCUAGCUGUUCCAAAUAGAUCAAAUGAGCCACCAGAGCAAUUGUAUGCCACCCAGCUUUCACAGCUUCAAGAGAUGGGAUUUUUUGACACGCAAGAGAACAUAAGGGCUCUCACUGCGACUUCUGGGAAUGUUCAUGCUGCAGUUGAACGGCUUUUGGGGAACUCUGGUCAAUAGCGGAUAAUAUUGGCAAAUUCCUUUCAUGAAGUUCUCUUCCGUAGAGAUUUGAGGUUGAUCACUUUGAACCCAGUACUGUUCAAGCACCUUUCUGGGUGUUUACAUCAAAUAAAAAAUCUGUCCAAAUUAUAGUGGUCAGAGCUGAAAUUGUGCAGAUUAUGUAUACAUUGGAUUGUGAUCGUUCCCUCCCUUUCCCCUCUCCCCCUUUUCGAGUUCUCAUGGUCCUAUUUUAUUCAUGUACAUACUUAUAUGAAAACUAGUAUUGGACGCAGCAUGAGAGCAUAAAUAUUUUCAAUGUGAAUUGAGUUUUAUACCAUUCUUUUGUAUUAAUACUUAAUAACUCCAUAAGUACUGAUUUGGCAGGUGG